UGUAACACAGAGUGCCUCUCUGACAUCAUCUGCAGGGAAAGAAAACAUCGGGCGCACUUCAGAUUCCGGUGAGAAGAUGGAGCAGUAGUGUCUACAGUACGUGCCGUAGCUCUAGCAGCCCCAGUCCCGCUGAGCGGCCUGCACCAGGAUCAUGUUCCCCCUCGGAGAUGCUCAGCUGGGGGCCUUCACCUUCUUUGCCUCCGCCCUCCCGCAUGACGUCUGUGGGAGCAACGGGCUCCCGCUCACCCCCAACUCCAUCAAGAUCCUGGGCCGCUUUCAGAUCCUCAAGGCCGUCACGCAUCCCAGGCUCUGUCAGUAUGUGGACAUCACCCGCGGGAAGCACGAGAGGCUGGUUGUGGUGGCUGAACACUAUGAGAACAGUCUGAAGGAUUUACAGAAACAGGGGAAACCAGUCAGCCAUGUGAAGGUCCUCCAGGUGGCCUAUGAGGUGUUAGAGGGGCUGGAGUUCAUGAACAGACACAGGAUGGUGCACAGAGCUCUUGCACCUCAUAAUGUGCUCAUGGACUGCAAGGGUAGCAUCAAGCUGGCUAAAUUCGGUCUUUACCACAUGACAGGCCAUGGAGCGGAUGUGGACUUUCCAAUAGGAUACCCAUCCUACCUGGCCCCUGAAGUCAUCGCCCAGGGUACCUUCCACCCCCAUGAUCCCUCCCGCAAUGAAACUCCUCUCCCGUCGGGGCCCAAGACAGAUGUGUGGUCCCUGGGAAUCCUCCUCUUCGAGCUGUGUGUUGGCAGAAGAUUGCUGCAGACUAUUGAUAUAAGUGAACGAUUAAAAUUUAUUCUGAAUUUGGGCUGCAUGGAUGAUAUUGUUACCGUUUUGGCUGAAGAACAUGGAUGUUUAGAAAUUAUAAAGGAGCUGCCUGAGAAUGUUGUAGCUUUGUUGCGGAAAUGCCUUACAUUUCUUCCAUCUAAAAGGCCUACACCUGCUGAACUACUGAGAGACAGCGUGUUCGAGGGGAUAUCCUCCAACUACAAACCCUUCCAGAAGCCAGUCAGCCUCUUCUCUUCUUCCCUGCGCUGUGCUCGCUUAGACCUCCCUGAAGACAUUGGAGAGCUGUGCCAGGGUGAAGAAGAGGACUACUUGGCAGAGAGAUGUAUUGAUGAGGUCUAUUACCUGUGGUGCCUGGCUGGAGGAGAUCUGGAGAAAGAGCUUACUAAUAAAGAAAUAAUCCAGUCCAAACCUCCUGUCUGCACUUUGCCCAAUUUAGUUUUAGAGGAUGGGGAGUGUUUUGGUCAAGGAAGAGACAGGAGUUUUCUCUUGGAUGACACAACUGUGACACUGUCGCUGUGCCAACUUAAAAACAGACUGAAAGAUGUUGCUGGAGAAGCUUAUUAUCCGCUAUUGGAAGAUGAGCAGUCCAGUUUGCCCCAGUCCAACAGCAGCAACGAGCUGUCUGCAGUCGCCACUUUGCCCCUCAUUAUACGGGAAAGGGACACGGAGUAUCAGCUCCACAGGAUCAUUCUCUUUGACAGGCUCCUCAAGGCGUACCCUUAUAAAAAAAAUCAGGUCUGGAAAGAAGCAAGAGCUGACAUCCCCCCGCUUCUCAGGGGCCUGGCAUGGGCCGCUCUGCUGGGUGUUGAGGGGGAUAUUCAAGCUAAAUAUGACGCCAUAGACAAGGACACACCAAUUCCCACAGACCGUCAGAUCGAGGUGGAUAUUCCGAGAUGCCACCAGUAUGACGAGCUGCUGUCCUCCCCUCAGGGCCACGUGAAGUUCAGGCGCGUGCUGAAAGCCUGGGUGGUGUCCCACCCUGACCUCGUCUACUGGCAAGGGCUGGAUUCUCUGUGUGCACCGUUCUUGUACCUGAAUUUCAACAAUGAAGCUUUAGCCUACGCCUGUAUGUCUGCAUUUAUUCCCAAAUACCUCUACAACUUCUUCCUGAAGGACAACUCUCAUGUCAUUCAAGAGUACCUGACUGUGUUUUCCCAGAUGAUAGCUUUUCAUGACCCGCAGCUCAGCAACCAUCUUAAUGAGAUUGGAUUUAUACCAGAUCUGUAUGCCAUUCCAUGGUUCCUGACAAUGUUUACACAUGUGUUUCCCUUGCACAAGAUUUUCCACCUCUGGGACACUCUUCUCCUGGGCAACUCUUCCUUCCCCUUCUGUAUUGGCGUGGCCAUUCUGCAGCAGCUCAGGGACCGCUUGCUGGCUAAUGGCUUUAAUGAGUGCAUCCUUCUCUUUUCCGACUUGCCAGAAAUUGAUAUUGAGCGUUGUGUGCGAGAAUCUAUCAACCUUUUCUGCUGGACUCCCAAAAGUGCGACAUAUAGACAGCAUGCCCAGCCGCCCAAGUCUGUGGGAGGGGAUAACAACGGAUUCAGCAAAUCAUCUUCAUACUUUUCUACUGACGACCAGGACCUUCCCAAAACUGACUUGUCUCGUGAACCUAUCAAGUUGAGCGAGCUGAAGGCAGAGCUGUCGCCUCGCAUUUCUGCAGAAGAUCUUAUAGACCUGUGUGAGCUGACGGGACCCGGCCAUUUCAAGACUCCCACCAAGAGGAUCAAAUCCAGCAAGCCCAAAAUCCUGGCUGUGGACAUCCGCAGCAGUGAAGAUUUUCAUCGGGGCCACAUAUCAGGCAGUAUAAAUAUUCCCUACAGCACUGCCUUUGGGCCAGAUGGAGAGCUGGUCCAGUGUGCAGCUAACUCAACCCUUCAGAGCUUCAAAGGCCGGGUCAUUGUGGUCAUCAGCAAUGCCAUGAAGAGUGGAGCCGCGUUUGCUGCCCAUCUGGUCAAGGUGUGCUACCCAAAGGUCUGUAUCCUGGAUGGAGGCAUUAACAAAAUGAAGCCUACAGGUCUGCUGACAGUCCCCUCUCCUCAGAUCUGAGAUAUGGGUCCAGAUGGCACUUAUGAGCCGGAGAACCUACUCAAAGUCAACGGCAAUUUGAACGCUUUUUUUGUUGUCUUUUUAAUGUUGAUUUGUGGACAAAAACGCAAAAGCCAAACUCUUUCUGGAUGUUUUAUUUAUUACAUUUUAUCAGAUUAAAUGGUGCAGUGUUUUUAUUUUUCUCUUUUGUUUGAAAGACACCGUGUUGAACGAGCAAAAAGGGAAGUUUCUCAAGAGACAUUCAGUUUAAUAAGGUUACUAAUAUUAAUAAAAUUACCAGUAAAACUUGUGCUUUCAGAGCCUCUUCUGCCUUGCAAGAUGUUAAUAGAGAUAAAACACACUCCGAGAAAUGGAGUUGUGCAAUGAUUAAUCUGAAAAUCUGUAGGUGAUUCUUGCGUCUUUUUUGUCUUUUAAAUGCACCAUGAACUGCAGUGCGGCUUGUCUGUACCUCAUGAAUUAUUUUAAAAGCUAUCCAUAACCACCUACGUGAUUAUGAAUCAUGUCUGUUGUCUAAAAGUCUGCACAACGAACCUGGUACUUCUUCCAUAAAUUACAAAGUUCAUCAGGAGCACUGAAAAAGAUGGAUAUUGGAUAGAAUACUCCUUUCAAUAACUGAUAUUUCUUGUUUUACGUAUGAAGAUAUAAGUACGUGAUUGAAUUUCUGUGAGAACUUUAAAAAAUGAACAUUUGCUAUAGCUGAUGUUUUGUGGUAAAUUGUAAUGAUGACUUUAUUUAUGAAUUGGCUUAAAUUAACUUGUUUUGUUUUUGAUUAAGAUUAAUUUAGCCCACUGUGAUAAUGUAAGACUUAACAGCCAGUAAUAAUGAUGAUGUGUUUUACAGCUGUCAUUGUGGCUUGAUUGAUUGACACUCAAAGAAAUGCUUUUCAAGGUGAAUGUUUACGUCAAACAGAUGCUGUAUUGUGGGUAUAUAAAUGACCUAUUGAAAUAGUAACUGAGCCACUUUUAAACUGGGAGAGAGAAAAAGUUUUAAAAGAACAAGACUGAUCUGUUUGAUAAAAGAAAGAUUUGUGGUGUAGAAAGUUAUGUAUAAAAAUGUCAAAAUUAUGUAUGGGUUUGGCUUGCUGUUAAGUGCACUAUAGCUGUUUUGUCUUAUUCUUAACUAAAAUAAAAAAAUAUGCCAGUAUAUCUGAUUCCAGUUAGAAUUGCCUUUGAACAAUAAAACAGAUCUCAGCAAUUCAAAUUUAA